GAUCAAGAUCAAACAAUCUGCGCGAAGCGUAGUUCUUAAUUUUUGAUUAAUUUUUUUUAGAAAUUACUACACUCAUUUCACUCCAGUUUUGUAUGUAUCCUAUGUAUCCUUUUUUACAAAGUGUAGCUAAAAAAGGAUAGACCUAUUCUGGAGUUAAUUCCAGAAUAUACUAGUUUUAUUCUGAAUUCUGACGUGUACUAUUUUUGUGCGAGGAAGAUAAAUAAAAAAGAGGAUAUAUUUCAUAUUUCUCCUAGAAAGUUAACGUAUCGUGUUCGGAUUUACAAAAAGGCCACUUUAUAUACUCUUUAAUAGUUUAAUUGGUUAUCUUCUAUUGUGUGUUAAAUUGUUACGUGAAUUUAUUUUGUGUUUAAAGAAAUUACUGACAUUUGUUUCAAAGUUGAAUUGGGAAAUUAUGGCGUCAGUUGCAAUAAAUUCUUUUAUGAACUCGUUUAAUACAAGACUGGAAGCUCCAGUCAAACAACAUCUUAAAAAUGUUUAUGCAUGUUUGGCAAUGUCAACAUUGGCUGCAGGACUUGGGGCUUCAUUACAUCUCUACACAAACAUAUUACAAGCUGGAUUUCUAUCAGCUAUUGGCGCACUAGUAUUUUUCUUUUUACUUAUAUCAACUCCUGAUGAUAAUGGCAAAGGAAUGACUAAAAGAGUUGGAUACCUGCUAGGCUUUUCUACUUUAACAGGUGUUGGAACAGGACCGCUUUUGGAACAUGUAAUUUUAAUUGAUCCAAGUAUUAUUGUAACAGCUUUUAUUGGUACCUUUGUGGUGUUUGUUUCCUUUACAUUAUGCUCCUUACUUUCCGAAAGAGGAAAAUGGUUGUACUUAGGGGGCAUUCUAUUUACACUUCUGAAUAGUUUGAUGCUUAUGAGUCUUGCAAACUUGUUAUUCGGCUCGACUCUGUUGUGGAACGCACAAAUCUAUAUUGGACUUGUCGCUAUGUGUGGUUUUGUACUUUAUGAUACCCAAGCAAUUAUAGAAAAAAGAAGAAUGGGAAGUAAGGACUUUGUUGCCCACUCUUUAGAUUUGUUUGUUGAUUUUAUUGGCAUUUUCAAGAGACUGCUCAUCAUACUGACCCAGAAGGAACAGGAAUCGAGAAAGAAGAGAAGGAAUUAAUUAGAAAUAUCGCGAACAUCGAGAGAUUUACUGGAAAAUCUAAAUUAUCAGAAAAAAACUCGUUUUGUUACUAAAUUCUUGUAAAAUAUCAUUUUGGAAUAUAUUUAAUUUAAAUUUUACUAUUUUUGAAUGUUUUUAUUUAUAAUCUUAGUCUAGAGACUUUAUGAACGAAUCUAUUAUAUCAUAUAUAAACACAUAUAUUUUUUGGUUGUGAGAAGGUUUAGAAAAUAAUUCGGAGGUAUGCUUCGAAUAUGUAUUGGAAUUUUGUGUAUAUUAAUAUCUUUAAAUUAUAGGUAUAGGUAUUUUUGUUUAAUUUGUAGUAGUAAAAGGUUUAAUUAUUUAAACUAAUAUAUUAUAAUUUUAUA